AUUUUUUUUAUUGAUCAAAUUUUUUUAAAUUCGUUUUUACUUGAAUUUGUUUUUGUCUGCUCCAUUUUAAGUCAUUUAGAUGGUUGAAGCUGUGGCAACCUUUAUGUUUGGUUUUGCACAUGUGCUGAUAACAGUUCAAAUUUAAAAAAAAAACUGAAGCUGUUCUUUAAGUUGCUGCGAGACGUUAAAGAUGGGUGAGCAGUUUUUUUUUGUUUGUUUUGUUUUUUUGGGGGGGAAGGGGGUUGGAGGGUGGAGGUUCUCUGGGUUUAGAUAUUCCAAAGCAUACAGUGCAGAGGGGUAGAAAGUGGAUUACGAAUCUGUAUUUUGUUAUUAUUAUUAUUAUUAUUAUUAUUAUUAUUAUUAUUAUUAUGUGUUUUUUUGCGCUGCUAAAAAGCUAUUAUUUGUUUCAUUCUUAUACACAUUAACAGUACUUAGCUGUAAUGUUUCACUGUGUGUGCUGCUAUUUUAUAAACAUUUGUAUAAUAUAAUUAUUUUACGGCUUAAAAAGUUUUAGAAUUUGGAAGUAGAUGGCUGAGAAGAAUAGACAACUGAGUGCAUUGAUUGACUGGAAAUGCUCUUUGUACGUUUAGAUUUAAUAGCAUGUUUCUUUUCCUUAUCACACUCUGCAAAGAUGGCAUACUUACCUCAGGUUUUCUGGACAACAAAAUGAGAAUCAUUUCCAUUAUCACAAUACCUCACAACGUUACAGUUUUUCAGGGAGCCUAGCUGUGUGGUUAAAGGAGGUGAGCUGGUAAUAUUACUUCAGCUUAAAGGCAGAUGCACAGGGAUGCAUAGAGAGAAGAUUGAAAGGGUGUACGGCUCCCAUCUGGACUCAGAACUUUGAACAUUGGAGGGGGUGGGAGGGGAUAACCGGGCCGUAAACUUUGGGAUGCAGUUUCUGGUCAUUAAUACUCACCAUAGUACCAUUAGUACUCAUCAUAGUCCCAGCAAUAUUUUUGGGGGGAACUUUUCAAUGAAAUGUGAAUCUUUGUGGCUGUGUAAAAGAAAAAAAAAAAUUUAAAUGGUGGUGACAUACAAACAAAAAAUAAAAAAUAGGUUUCUUUUAUUUAAAGGAGCAUUUACAUUUGAAGGCACACUGAGCCUCAAGUAAUGUUAUUUUACCGAGAGCAGAGAAUCACUUGAUCCUGUUAAUGCCCUGUUAAAAGCUUGUGGAGCCACUUCUAAAAUGCAGGCGUCAUAGCCAUUUGAUUACAAGUAGCGAAACUGCCUCCAUUUUUGUAUCAUAAGGCUAUAAAUAAAGUGAUUUUACAUGCUUUAUAAUGGGUUGGUUCAAACUUUUUGAUUACGAAGAGUAUUUUUGACUACACACAAAGAGAUUACUGUAUCGUCCUGUUAAUAUCAAAUUUCUUUCACCAACUAAAAAGCUCAUAAAAUGGCACAGAAUGUGGUGCCAACUUAAAGCAAUGCCUUUUCUGUUUCCUCGUCAGUGUGGGUGUCUUGCUCCAGACGCCUGUCCUGUGGAAACUGCUAGCAAGGUAACAGAGUUUAUCCCCUCCACACCCGCACAAUCAUUACCGUGUACCUCAGUCACUGUCAGUUGCACAAUCUCUGUUCAAUAAAUGUUUGCUUUAAUGAGUGUGAUGCCAUAUCAGUUCAAUGUUACUCUCUUUACAUUUUUUUGCUCUUUAAGUGAUGGCAACAAAGAAAGCAUAAAAUAAAAUGGUGCAGAUGUAAAUAAGGUAAAGGGGAGGUUGAGAAACAUGUUGCUAUGAAUGAAGUGUUUUGGGGAGAGAGGGAGGGGGAGGGAGGGAGGGGUGUUUGAGACCAGUUGAAUGGGUAAUAUCUCAGACUAAUAAUAUUCAAAAAACAACAAUACAGGGCAGCCUUAGAAUAGAGAAUGGUGAGGGAAGCAUUGGGUAUAAUGAGAUUAGGUCUUCCUAAUAUCCCUUUAUGCUCUUGAAUGCUUUGUCCCCGUGAAUCACAGUGUUUAAGAUGUGGUUUUGUUGGUCUGAGGUAAGACUGGUGGUAGUAGGAUAACAAUUUCGUGUCAGAGAUCGUUUCUGUUCAGUAUUGAAAAAGCUUUUAUUAACCUGUUAUUUUUUGAUCUGUUAAAAAGUUGGAUUUCUUUCAAAGCAUUGUGAAGGGUAUAGGCUUGAUGUAUGGACAAUAAACUCACCAUGAACAAGGUUGUUUUUUUUUAUUAAUUAUUUUUUCCCCAUUAUUUCUUAAAACAUUUAUGUCCUUUUAUACAGUAUUAUAUAUGAUAGCCCAAGGCAUCAGUUUACUUUCUUCGAAGGGGCUGACAAGACAUUUGCACUAUGGGGUUACAGUUAAGACUACCCGUCUUCAUAUUAACAAGGCAUGGGCCAAUCCAUGAAUGACAACCAUGUUCAGUUAGAUUACUGGUUAAGUGUUUGGUACACUGUUCCUUAGUUUACCCUUACAUGCGCCUCUGUCCAUUGAGAUGAGACCUUAUUGGCUGUCCAGUUUGUGUACACUCUCUGCAAACACAGAGAGGUUUCUUCCCUCUGGGAAUGUCACCUGCACCUCAGGGACACAUUAUCUAAAUAUAAACAAAUAAAAGAAGUGGUAAAAUGUUAAAGCAAAUACCUAUUGAACUCAAAUGCCCAUAUUUUUAAAAAUAAAAUCUUGUGAUGGUAACAGUUAAUUAUAAAAAAUUCAGUGUUCGCUGUUUUCUUUUGACUAUUCGGCAGGUUACUGUUAGUCAGGAUUCAGUUUUCACAAAACGCUCCACCGUAAAUUCCAGCACACAUGGCUUUGCUGGAGAAAUAGUUGGUAAUAUUGUUAUGGACAUUUUUAAGGGUUCAUUGCUGGUUAGUGAGCUAGUUUAUUGGAACCUAGCACAAGUUAACAACAUACAUACCAUUUAAAGAGGCUGUGUCCUACAGUCAUGUCCAAUUUUACACUAAAUUGGUGUUUGUUUGCUACAUUUUUCAAAAUCUUAGCCUUCUGUGCUCUAAAGCAGACCUUGUUGUUUCCCCUGAUAUAGUUAGAGCUGUUGCAACACAAUAGCUUUCACUUGUAACCUGAGCCUCGUUGAAAUCCCAGCAGUUCAGAGGAGAAAAAGUGAAGUAGCUCAUUGCAUCACCUGACCAGUUCUGCAGCAUAACACAUCAGAUACAAAGCAAGGGAGUUAUAUUAAUAAACUACGCGUACCAGUGGAAUAAUAAUAACCCUUACAACAACGUACUGAAGUAGCCUACAAAUGUAGCUCUAAUUUGGACUCAGUCAUACUGCAGUCAUUCUGGAAAUUAUCAUUGGGUUUAAGCCCCAAACAGGACUUAAAAGGGCUGGCAAUUUAAUUAGUGGUAAACUAAUGCUUCCUGAUUCAAGCACAUGGUUUAAACUGACUAUUGUUAGAAGCCUGGACAAUCCCACCAUUUGCCCCAUUUUUUUUCUAAAUUAUGUAUCAACUGAUGUAUCAACAUUUGUUACAGCCAACAUAUUGGAAAGAGCCAAUGAAUUUCAAUUGUAAGGUGUUUUUAGCUAAUUUUGAAACAUUUGGUUUUAGAAAAAGAAAAAAAAAAUCCAUUGUAUCUACAGAAAAGAAUAACCUAUAAACUAAAUGUUGCACUAUUGAAUGUUUCAUUGUUACGGAAUUGAUAGAAACUUUAACAAAAGUUUUUAGAAGACAAUAAGACAUAAAUUUCCAAACUUUGCAACAUUUAAAUAAUAAAGAUUAAUACAUUUUAUAAUAUAAAGAAUGUUUGUAAUGGGAGUCAAGUUCAAAUUUAGUUUGUUGAGCCUUGUAUUGCUAUUCCUCAUAUAUCCACUGGGUGGCAUCAUAACAUCAUAAGACUUUACAGCUAACACGAAUCUCAGAAAUACGUUUUCUGGUUCAAUUUAUAUAUAUAUAUAUAUAAUUCAGAUAUUUACAAUAUUUGUUGUGUGGUACUGAGUGUCUGCACAUACUGUAAACUUAAACAUCCUAGUCAUACCCAAGUCUAAACCCAGAUGGAAGCCUCUUCGGCUUCCCCAUGCGUAGAAAGUCUGGGUUUAGUUAGUUUGGAUAGAGUUUUAGUGAUUAACAACAAAGGUUGAAUAAGUUGGAAUAUUUAUAUUUCACUUAGCGAAAGGUAAACGGUAGGUAUAUUAACAAUUCAUAAGACUGGGAUCUGUGUAUGUAUGGAAGCGUUGUAUGUAAAUGUUGCCGGAGUCGAGGAUGUAACCGGAGCGUUUUGCAGUACAAUGUCAGGACAAAGCAUCCACUAGUAUACCACUGUACCUUUAAAAUGAUCAAUUGGAUUUACAGUGUGCCACUGUGUGCCAAGUCGCAAUUGGUCUAUUUUUUUCAAGUCAUGAAACGCUCAACCAAUCAUUGAACAGUUGAGUUACCGGUACCCUGGAAGUUCCUCUUCUGAAGUGAACUACCACAGUGCGGCAGAAUAAACUCGCGGAUUUGAAUUGGUGUCAAGCAAGGGCAAUUUACACGAGCCGGACCUGCUAACAUGUUUACCUUUGCAUUUACAAUGGUCAGACAUGGAGAAACUAGAUACAACAAAGAGAAACUACUCCAAGGCCAGGGUGUGGAUGCGCCUUUGUCGGAAAACGGGCUGAGGCAGGCAGAAGCUGCAGGAGUUUACCUUCGAGAUGUGCGCUUUACAAAUGUGUUCUCAAGUGACCUCCAGCGUGCAAAGCAGACGGCUUCCAUAAUUGUUGCACACAACAAUCAUUGCCUGGGUAAAAAAAUAGUCUGUGAUCCAAAACUGCGUGAGAGAAGUUUUGGGAUUGCAGAAGGGAAACCUGUAAAGGAUAUGAAGGACAUGGCAAAGGCUGCAGGCCAGCAGUGUCCUCGUUUUACUCCUCCGGGGGGAGAGACCGAAGAACAGGUACAGUCCCGAGUGAAAGAUUUCAUGGAUUCACUCUGCCAGCAGAUUGUGGCCCAGCACGCUUCGCAAUGCAGCCAAGGAAAGGAAGGAUUAGAGACAGCCUGCAAUGGUUUGGGGGGUGCUUGUGGAAGAUCGUCCUCAGGCACAAACCUUUCUGACUUACAUGAAGCCUUUGCAGACGCUGUAGAUGGAGCUGAGGACCUGCAGGUGCAUGUUCUGGUGGUCAGCCACGGCACCUACAUGAGGAACGUGGUGAAGUAUUUCGUGGAAGAGCUCCAGUGCACAUUGCCUCAGAGCUUAAAGAUGUCUCACGUAUUCUCAGCCUGUCCUAACACAGGGAUGUGUCGAUUUCGCAUUGCUGUCGAUCACAGUACUGGACUCUCCCCGUGUGUUGAUUGCGUUUUUAUUAACAGAAAUAUCCAGGGAUCCAAAGUGGUUAAGCAUGAGUAGCUAGAUGGGUUUGUAUCAUAAAGUGUAACAUCUCAGAGUCCUGUGUCCAAAGAGCCACAUAGUCAGAGUAUCUGGUAGUGAAAGUGCAAAGUCAGCUGUGUGGGCAUCUCGUCAUUUUGAAUUAAACCUCCUUUACACUCCCCAACCCCCCACUGAUCCUCCUAACGAACGCCUGUCAAUCCCAAUGUCCAUCCACUGUGCCACCAGGUCGCAGUCUUGAUAUUACAUUAGGGUUAAACUGCCUUAAUUGGCUGAGAGUAACUAAUAGUUUUGGGCCAUUCCGUGAAAAUGUACCGUUUGUUAUGUAUGCGCAAGUCACAAGUAAUGAAAGGCAUUGAUAGAGACGUCUGUCAAUUGAUUUUCCUAGUUUCAUUUAAUAUUGCUACAUCAAUAUUUAAUGGCAGCCCAUCACCAGACACAAAUUGGGCAGUUCAUUACUAUGAUAUAAGAGACGACAAGGAUAGUUUAACAAAAGUACUAUUUUGUGGAAUAGGCCUAACCAUUAUCCUGGUAUGCCAGCAUCUGAUUUUAUUUUUGUUUGACAAAAUGAAAUGCGGGUAUGGGUUAAGGUAGUUAAGUUCAAAGACAAUCUUUACUAGACUUCAAUCUUCUAGGAAAGGCUUGUUAGAAAAUAACUAUUUAAAUUGGCAUAGGUUACAAACACUAUACGUUAUUUCUUCUGAAUUGUACUGAAAGAUUUAGCUGUAGCAGCCUGUUCUCAGCCUGUUUCAUUAGGCAUGAUUAUUUGAGUUUGUUUAUUAUUUCACUGUUUAUUUUUUUACUGGAUUGUUGUUUUUGUUUUCAUUGUUUGAAACAUACCGUCCUCACAGGGAAAAGUGUUGUCUGCUUAAAAAAUAUGAACACAAUUACAGUGUGUAACCACUAGGUAGCAGUAGAAUCAAAAGUAAACUGAAUAUUAAAAAAAAAAAAAAAAAACUUUUUGCAAUUAUUUAGGAUGUGUCAUGCAUUGAUACAUUUUUAAGUUAUUACAUUUUUAGGCAUUUUAAAAUACAAAACCAAAUUAUACAAUUCUAUAUAACCUAACAAAUAGCAUAAAAAUGUUUGAAAAAAAAAAAAACAUUAUUUUACAGCAUUACAUUUUAGUUGCCUUACAAAUUGUUUUAGCUUUUCUGUGUGUUACACACAUGUUCACAGACACCACACAGUGCUCCAUGACUUACUUGGAAUCAGGUACAAGGAUUUAGCAAGCCCAAAGCCUGGUAGAUACUGAUGCAAUAGAAUACCAGGUAAGCUUAUGAAGUGCCGUUUCAUGUUGAAAUAAAAAUAAUACAAAAUACCAGAACAAAUCUACAGACAGUAGUAUUAUUCUUUAGUAUUAAAAAGAGCAGCAUCCCUGCUGUCUUUGCUCAGAACAGUAAUUUAAACAUGUAAACGACAUUGCAUUAAGAAGGGUUACUGCUUUAUUAAAAACUUGCAUUGUUACUAUCUCCUUUUUUAAGGUGGUACUAAAAACUGGAGUUAUUUAUAUUCAGUACACUGUCCUGGAGUCACUGUAUUCAAUACACUGUCCUGGAGUCAUUGUAUUCAAUACACUGUCCUGGAAUCAUUGUGUAUUCAAUACACUGUCCUGGAAUCAUUGUGUAUUCAAUACACUGUCCUGGAAUCAUUGUAUUCAAUAUACUGUCCUGGAGUCAUUGAAUUCAAUACACUGCCCUGGAAUCAUUGUGUAUUUAAUACAGUGUCCUGGAGUCAUUGUUCAAUACACUGUCCUGGAAUCACUGUGUAUUCAAUACACUGUCCUGGAAUCAUUGUAUUCAAUAUACUGUCCUGGAAUCAUUGUUUAUUAAAUACACUGUCCUGGAAUAAUUGUAUUCAAUACACUGUCCUGGAGUCGUUGUUCAAUACACUGUCCUGGAAUCAUUGUGUAUUCAAUACACCGUCCUAGAAUCAUUGUAUUCAAUACACUGUCCUGGAAUCAUUGUAUUCAAUAUACUGUCCUGGAAUCAUUGUUUAUUAAAUACACUGUCCUGGAAUAAUUGUAUUCAAUACACUGUCCUGGAGUCAUUGUUGUUCAAUACACUGUCCUGGAAUCAUUGUGUAUUCAAUACACCGUCCUAGAAUCAUUGUAUUCAAUACACUGUCCUGGAAUCAUUGUGUAUUCAAUACACUGUCCUGGAAUCAUUGUUUAUUAAAUACACUGUCCUGGAAUAAUUGUAUUCAAUACACUGUCCUGGAGUCGUUGUUCAAUACACUGUCCUGGAAUCAUUGUGUAUUCAAUACACCGUCCUAGAAUCAUUGUAUUCAAUACACUGUCCUGGAAUCAUUGUGUAUUCAAUACACUGUCCUGGAGUCAUUGUAUUCAAUACACUGUCCUGGAGUCAUUGUAUUCAAUACACUAUCCUGGAGUCAUUGUAUUUAAUACACUAUACACUGCCAGUAUUUUAACUGACUUCAGUUUAUGAAAUAAAUUUAAAAACUAA